AUGGGCUUUAUCAGUCGACGACCUAUUCUGCCAGCGCCGACCGACUCAUUGUUGGGGUCGAGCGACGAGACCGGACUCAGCACCGACGUCGGGACGGAUCUCUCACGACGGAGUGACAAGACCUCGGAGACAAUACCUGAAGACGGAAGACCCAUUACCAUUACAACCUCGCAUAAACCAAAGAAGCUAGGCAAACUCACCAAAUCCAGCCAACAGUCGCAGACUUCUCUUCUGAUCGAAUACUUCGAAGCAGGCAAGGGACCUGAUCCUGGCCAGAGGCGACCCAGUCUGCGGGUUCGUGUCACUCCUUCCAAAUCUCGGAAGAGCAGGGAUAAAGGUGAAAGCCAUCUACUGGUGACAGAAACCAAGUUGGCGCGGCAACCGUCAUUGACACACCGUAUACCUCUGGGAGGCAACGAGACCCUUGCGCACAACUUGAUUGAAGGCAGUAUCAGCUCCUUGGAUUCCGCUGGACGCCUCGACACAGUCGCUCCUCUUGAGAUCGAGGUCUUGCCCAACGACGGCAGUGAAUUAUCUGGUCGCAGCGUCUCACCGGAAUUGGGACACAUAAUUCCAGGCUCAGAUAUCUCCUCUAUGCCAGCGGAGAGUUCCUUGGGACCCAGUCAACCGGCCACUAUGUCUAAGUCUACACGGAGCGAAAGCUUCCCCACAGAGUUACAAUCCGACGGCGCUACAUUAAAGCCUCCGAUUCUCCACGCUGAUCGCAACCUGAGCAACGAGCGCAUCACGCAGAAAGUCAUUGAGAAACUAAGCAACAAACCAAGGAUCUCUACCCGCGGAAAGCGGUCCAGCUCAAGUCGAAGCAGUGCCAGAGAAUUAGACGCGGUCAACAUCGAACCCCGGAUCCGCGUCACCAAAACUGUGGACGAUGAAUCGAUGCCUAGCGCCACGGCCUCCAGCCUGGUCAGUGGAUCUAACUUAUCCUCCGAACCUGGACCAAUGGACCAACGUUCAGUCCGCUCAGGAGCAUCCAAUGUUUCGAUCACAAAUAAUCCCAAACUGUUACAAACAGUGGAAGAUGCUAUCCGACGUCUGAUCCUCCCGGAACUCAACGAAAUAAAACGGGACCAGAGGCACUCUCACCGUUCCCGACCUGACAAGGCGAGCGACCCUUCUGAUAUUUCCACCAGCACUAUCUCCCACGAAGACAAAGCCCGUCGCAGAUCGUCAGGUAGCAAGUCGAAGCGUCGUGUGAGCCGUGAAUCGGAGUCCGGGUUGGUCUCGACGUCUUCUCGCCGCCACAGGCGUCCUAAACGGACCGACUACGACUCAGCAUCCGAGCAGAGCUACGGGCAGUCCGAGACUAGCAGCCUCCAUGACGAGAAGAGGUCUCACAGGAACUCCAGGAAUCAUCAUGCCAGAGAUGUCGCGGCUGCCGCACUCGGAGGCGCCGCUCUGACUGCUGCAGCGCUGAAGUCACAUGAAUCUGGUUCGAGUCUUGAGUAUUCAGAGCAUCGCAGAAGGAGGAGGAGCAAGAGCCGUAGCAGUCGUACCACAAGCAUUGCAGAGAAGGAUGAUGUUUUCUCAAAACACAAAGUGCCUCCUAUGCCUUUCAUAAGUGAGAUCGGUACGGACAUGACACGAAGCUCUCUGCAGUCUUCCAACGAUGGCGGUGUUACGACUUCCACCCAACGCGAGGUCCAGGAAGUGGUACGCGGGUCUCCCAACGAAGGCCAUCACUCUGGAUCUCAUACGCCCACGCAAAAUUCUGUAGAUUUGAAGCGAGGGCUUGGAACAUACCACGGCAACUUCUCGGAACAUGACUUAUCAGCUCAUGAUCUCUCCAAACAGGACAUGCGUUACGGAGAGGAUGAAGAGCAGUCGCAUCACGAUGAGAUCGACUUCACCACUCAUGGGUUUGCUGCGUUGACAGACCCAGAGAGAGCUCGAGCCUACGAAAGAAACCUUCAUAAACAACACCCUAUCAGACGUGGUCUAAGUCCAAUCCAGAGUGUCGCCAGCUACACUACGACGGAACCCAAUCGCAAUUCUCUCAUGCAACAACGAAGCUCGGAGUCGAUGGCUUCUUUUAAAAAGAAUCCACAGAUGGACGACCAGGUCUCCAUCUCUUCAAUAUCCUCAGCACCAAGCACCGACUUGGCCCGGUCAAGACGACCACACGGCUUUAGCUUGGAGAAUCGCAGCGUGAUAAUGGCUCACCACGGUAGAUCCCCUAAAGGCUCUCCCCGACAACUGGACCCCGAAGCAGUUUUCGACGAGCAACACCUCGAAAACGAAAGCUAUCGUGAUUCACCAUACAUUGACAAAGUUACAGCAGGACAACAAGUCGCCCAGGCAUCGAGAGCUACUGCAGAAUACGCGAAUGCACCUUCUGGUAUUGAAUCUGCUGUUGCGUCCCUUUGCGAUCCGUCCGUGGUCGACGUCCACAGCGCUGGAUCCUCACAUUUGAGUCAGACAGAUUCUAUGGGGGCCGGCAGCGCCCGAAGCCCGCGCCUUUUUCAACGUGACUAUGAGAGCCGACACAGUGGCAGCCCGCUGAAACAUCAGAUCUCCCGUGAUAGUCAAAGCGAGAGAUUCUCGCCUGCAGGACAGCGUGCGAUGGCUCCCUCACCACUCCCCCGGCUUCGAUCUGCGGAACAGAUGGACGACAGAUCUCCCAGAUCCAUUCACUCAACUCAAAUUCCGUCCGGGGAUGUUGUUGAUACCCAGGCUGAACGCUCGCCCGAAUCUGAUAUCACCACAAACCCAUCCAUCAUACGAGGACCAAUUGGUGGACUCACUGAAGGCAACACUGACCAUUGGCCCUACGAUCCAACACCUCCACGGUCGCAAGCCGAUCUCAAAAUUCCUCUUGUGAGUCGCGACAUAGGGUCCGCCAGCGCCGAUCUGGUACCGGAAGCCUUGUCGAUCAACCGCGAGCACGAGGUGGACCCCAAGCGGGACCAUUACAUGAAACCGCAACCUAUGGCGACGCCCCCGGGUGCCAAAGAUGAAGGCUACGAGACGGCAGCCAAUGCUCGUUCCCCCGGCCUCUACUCACAGGGUCCCGGUGCACAAAACGACCGCUUCACUCCCGAUCCAUCCAUUGAUCACGAUGAUUUGGGGGAAGACCCGUUCACGACUCAGCGUGACCAGUAUGUAAGUGGUCUAUCGCAUGGCCUGUCGCCAAUGUAUGAUAGCGCAACUGGCCGAGGCCGUGACCACAUUCAAUCGAAAGAUAUCGUGGCUCUCAUGGAUCAUUUGACUGUCCGUGAUGCCCAGCGAAAUGCUCGAGACACGGAGAUCCUGGUGACUUUGGUGCGCAGCGCUGCAGAGAUGCGUAAUUCCUUUGAGGACAUGAAGAGUUUUAUUGCGAAACAAGACGAGGCAAUCAUAGAUGCGUCAGGGAAACAGCACGAGAGGACGCAGAAGAUUGUUGGGGGCCCUCGACCACAACCGACAGCAUCCACAGUACGUCCAGCACGGUCGGCAGCAUCUGAGGAAGACCUGCCUUCGAAACGCCGCAAUGUCUUCCACCGAGCUCUUCGAGGACUUGGUACCAAAAAUACCCAGGAGUUGCACAACAUUGAAGGCAUGUUAAUCCGUCUACUCGAUGAAGUGGAAGGCCUUCGGGUACUGCAAAAUACAGUCAAUGUACAGGAACAACCACGAUCCACCAGUAUGACAUCUGCGGAUAUUGCACGAGCUCCGACAGAUACUGGCUAUGAGCCUGAAGGUCAAGCUGGCACUUCAUCUACUGGGGACCGAUCUGGAUUCUUUUCCAACAAUUCUUCGCGCCAGGCAGAUCAUCGCAACUAUAGUCUCCAGCGAGGUUCUGGAAACCGGGUCAGCACAGUAAUGGAGGGCGAUGAGGACUACGAUGAAUAUGCUCAGGAUCUUGGGGAAACAUCUGCAGGAAAUGUCCGAGCUUCCGGUCAUACACCAGCGACGAAUCCCCUCGGGACUGAUGGAAGCCGACAUGUUCGAGGUGAUUCUGUACCACUCAACACUCCGCCUCGACCGCACGACCACAACAUGGGCUCGUUGAGCAAUGAAAACACCCCUCGACUAUCAGGGGAGGGAUCUGGACGAAAGCACAAGUCUUUUGCGGCCUCUUUGCUGCCGAAGAUGGUGUCUCGAUGGUCCAAGACCACCACAUCGUCCGCUGACAACUAUCGGAAUAGCACACAUCGCAUUCAGCCCUACUCAGGAUCCAAUUUUGGCGAGUAUGACUACGAGCACGAGCACGAGCAUGACCCCCACGUCGACGAAGGUGUUCGAUCAAACGCAUCUUCCGAUGAGGAUGCAUACCAUGGUGAACAGGACCGGCCGCCGUCGCCUUUGAUCCCCAGCCAGGUCUCCGAUAAUCCAAAGUAUCAAGCUCAUCGGAACAGUGUCAACCUCCAACAUCCUCAACCGAGACAAGGCCCAACUGGCCGUUUCCAAUCUCGCUUAGAGUCGGAAGCCCAGAACUAUAAUGAUCAGUUGUCACCCACCUCACAGAUCUCAUCCCAGUGGGACAAUCAUUCAGCUCAGCAUAAUACGAAUACCGCCGAUGCGGGCUACGGAGAUCCGCUGAGCCCGGUUUCAGACGUUGACUUUUCCGGUGGACAGCGCAUGCAUCACGACAACAGGAGCCUUCGCUCCGGAAAUUCUCAAGGACCACCUCGUCCCCCCAAAGUCCUCAACGACGAGCCCCUAGUACCUCAGCGUCCUCCCAAGGUCCUCAUGAGUCCACCUCAAUCACAGAGACAAUCGACCUACGUCGACCAUGUAGCUGCUGCGAGGGCCGGGAGUCCCGCACUUGAUAAGUCUCCAGUGGCAGCGCUGCGGUCGCCUCAAGGCCAGGGACGAAAACCGUCGGGUCCUCGGCCGCUUGCUACGGGCGGAUCCAAAGGCGAUGCGAAUACUAUCAAAAGAGCACGGUUUAGGGGUAGUCCGCAUCAGAUCGAUAGCGAUGAUGAGGCUACUGCUGCCUACUGA